AUGGCAUCACGAAAGAGAUCUCAGAAAGCAGUCCAGGACAAGGCAGCCAAGAGACGGAAAGAACAAGAUGCUCUAUUAGAAGGCGGUCUCUUUACUCGUGAAGAUGUCGAAAAUAUUGAGGACUCAACACCUUCCAGCAAGUCGUGGGACGAUGAAGAGCAGGCCUACGAAAUGGCCCCUAGGUCUCUAGGAUAUACGGAGGAUGAAGUUGAGGGUCUUCCUAUCAAGGUCAAAGGCAAAAUAGAACGUAGAGUGACAACAUUCAGACCCACUGAGUCUGACAAGAAGGAAAAGGAACAGCAAGCAGAACCAGAACCAGAACCGAAAAAGCCCCAGAAAGAAAGUGAUACAGAAGAAGUCUCGGCCCCUGUCGACACCAUUGAGGGUGUGAUGAAGCUAAAAGAGGAGAUAGCAGAGCUGGUCGAGAAUCUGAUGGAAAAUGCGGAGGAGAACAUCAGCUGUCUCACUCGUCUACGAAAGAUGGCUCAGUCCAAAAAUUCUAAUACCUGCAAGUUUUCGAUGCUGGCGCUGGUGUCAGUUUUCAAGAGUAUCAUCCCUAGCUACAAAAUAAGACCGCUGUCGGAUCUGGAAAAACGGGAAAAAGUCACCAAAGAAGUCGCAAAGCUAAGGAACUUCGAAGCCACUUUGGUUCAUAACUACAAAGAGUAUGUCAACUUGCUUGCCGAUCUCACCAAAACCCCCAAUAGCUCCAGCCCUCUUCAAGUAUCCUUGGGCAAUUUGGCCGCGAGCGCCCUCGUACAGCUUCUGCCAACCGCCUCUCACUUCAAUUUCAGUACAGAGGUUUUCAGCGCUUUGAUUCGCAGAAUCUGCAAGCCAAACCCAUCUGCCGAUCCCGUGUACACCGCUAUAGUGACAGCAUUGGAGACUUUACUAUCCGAGGACGACGACGGCAUAAUUUCUCUCGAUGUGGUGCGAAUAAUGAGCAAAACUUUGAAAACUAGAUCUUUCAUGGUUGAUGAGUCAGUACUGAACAUUUUGCUAUCUCUUGAACUUCUUCAAGACUACGAUCCUAAUACGAAGGUUGACGAGGUCUCGAAACCAAAGCUCAAGAAAAAGGAUAGAGUUCAUAUCUCGAAGAAGCAGCGCAAGGUCAGAAAAGAAAUGAAGAAGGUUGAGGAAGAAAUGCGGAGGGCGGAGGAAACCGUCUUUGCUGAAGAAAGAGAAAGAAACCAAGCCGAAAUAUUGAAAAUGACGUUGGCUCUAUAUUUGAACAUUCUGAAAAAUGGAAUCUCGCAACUUAUUGGUGCUGUUCUCGAAGGGCUUUCGAAGUUUGGGCAUAUGUCAAAUUUUGAUCUUCUAGGAGACUUUCUCGAGGUCAUGAGAGAGCUGAUAGCCACCAGUGACCUUGAUACCCUAUCAUCGGCGGAAACCCGAAAAGUACUUCUUUGUAUCGUCACGGCUUUUUCCCUGGUUUCCCGUCAUAGUGCAAUGAAAGUGACAAUGGAUUUGUCGUCCUUUGUGGAUGCUCUUUACGCCAUAAUACCGAACCUUGCUCUUGAUGCGGAUAUUGAAUACUCACACAAAUCUUUAAGAUUAGCUGACCCUCUGAAUAUUGAGUUUUCCAAACCCUCAGUGAAUAUUUCAACUAAAGCCGAGCUUUUGUUGAGGGCUCUGGACUACGUCUUCUUCAGAUCUAAAUCAGGUUCCAAUAUUCGCGCGGCAGCAUUCACCAAGAGACUACACAUCGCAGUUUCCAAUACGCCGGAAAAAACAGUAGUGGCGGUCCUUAAAUUCAUGGACAAGCUAAUGAGUAAAUACCCAGAAAUUGGUGGGCUUUACUCAACAGAAGAUAGGAUCGGAAACGGGGCGUAUCAGUUAGAAGCUGAUACUCCCGCAAGAAGUAACGCUCAAGCCGCUACAAUCUGGGAAAACUCUUUACUCUUGAAGCAUUAUAGUCCUUUAGUGGUCAAGGGCACCAAGGCCAUGCUUGAGAAAUCGAGAGAGUCUUUGAAGUAA